AUGCAGCCUCAAAAGCGACUGCAUGUAGAGGAUUAUGAUCAAACAACAUUUGAAUCUCAGGCUGCUAGCUUGAAUGCACCAGACUCAUGCAUCAGAAAAAAGACAAAGUUGGUUUCCAGGUUGUACAUUAUGAUGGUGCUUUGCGUAUUGUCCCAGCCUAUCCUCAUCCUUGACCUUGACCUUGACAUUGACCUCACGCACCCACCCCUGGCUGUGGGCCGCCUUAGCACUGGCAUCAUGAGGCCGUGCUUGGAGCAAACAGCCCACAAUGCAAUCAAGCUAGAACUGCCCGUGGAGGUGAAAGCAUUUACAUUCACGUUUGAGUGCAGAACACCAGGUCCCAUAACCAUUGAAAUAUCUAUCGGAAAGCCUCUCCAGCAGCUAAGCUCACAAGCUGGUAUUGUAGAGGGUUCCGACACCAGCGACAUGCACACUGAGACACCAGGAGUGCUUGAUGAUUGGUUAAAGGCCCAGAAAACUCAAUAUCAAUCAUUUUUAUCGGACAUUGUCAAGGGAGGUCCUCCAGUAGUGGACGAUAGCGUGACAGAACCUGAAUCAGAGCCGACUGCUGAAGAUAUCAAGUGUGCUGAUCAAGUGCUUAUUAGCAGUACUGAGAAACUGGUCGACAUCGUUGACAAGAGCGUGACUGAACCUGAAUCAGAUUAUGAUGUGGAUCCAGAGCAGGAAGUGCAGACUCCCGUAGCCUUCACCCGCUUCUACGAGGGCAUGAAUGCGGUACUCUUUCUUUUAUUUAUCCACUAG